CUCAGCUUAUCAGUCACUUGCAGAGAGAGAAUAUUGCCUGGGCCCCUAAGUGGAAGGUGUCGAGUCCUGACUCAGAACGUUCGUUCCACACAAGAGCUACAGCUGAACAUGUCCGGGAGUCUACACGGAACGUAUGCAUAUCAUGAGACGUUGAAAGGUGUUUACUACGGCCCAGGGUGCCUUAGCACGGCACUUCCUCAGCUUCUUAGUACCUUGGGCGGUAGCAAGGCAUUGAUUGUCACUGGCAAGUCUCUUCGGGAAAAAACUAAUGUAGUUACCAAUGUGGAGAGUAUCUUGAAAGGACGGAAUGCGUUCGGCGGAACGUUCUCGCAAAUCGGCCAACAUGCACCUGUUCAGGGUAUCGUCGACGGAACCAAGGCUUUCGAAGAUGUGCAGGCAGAUAUAUUCAUUUCCGUUGGGGGUGGGUCCCCCAUUGAUGCAACGAAGAUUAUGGUAAAUCACCUACACGAUACCCGAGGAAAGUUCUUCAGUCAUAUAGCCAUCCCGACGACCCUCAGUGCAGCCGAGUACACGAGUAAUGCAGGGUACACAGAUGAGCAGGGUAACAAAGUUGGCAUCGCCAGCCCUAUGAUUGCUCCUUCCGGGAUCAUCCUUGAUGCGGAACUAACGCUGGCGACGCCGGAGAAAUUGUGGCUAUCGACCGGCCUCCGUGCACUCGACCAUGCUGUCGAGUCGUUGUAUCGGCCUGGAGUAGCGCCUCCUCUCAAAGUUCUCUGUUAUGCCGCGAUCGGUGACCUUUUCGCGUACCUUCCGCUAGCCCAGAUGGACCCUAAUAAUUUGGACAUGAGACAACGACUUCUGAUCGCCGCUUGGAUGAGUUUGUGGCCCAUGCGGGUCGAGAAACAUAGUGCCUUGGGUCUGUCCCAUUCCCUAGGUCAUAAGCUCGGAGCGACCUACGGUAUCCCUCAUGGCGUGACUUCCUGUUUGACCCUUGCCGCCGUUGUUGCACUGAAAGCGGGAACUGCGACCGAGGUAGACAAAGCUGCACUUGCUAAAGCGCUAUUUUAUCUUGGGGAGCCCAGCACCGGCACCACCGUGGGGGACGUCAUGCGACUGAGCUCAAUGAUAAACGGAUUGGUCGAGACACUGGGCUUACGAAGUAACCUCAUCACCUACGGCGUUCCGAGGGAAGAUCUCCCAAAAAUCGCGCGAUUGGCCAUAGGGAAUACAGAGGAUCCGUUGUAUCCAAAGAUCGUGGAAGUGUUGGAGAGCAUUUACGAGUAGAUUGACUGCCAACGGACAUUCCUGUCCAACAGAGAUGGCCACCUUGUACGCCAGUAACCAACAUUGUAAGAAGCUACUAUAGUGUCUCGACAUUUCAAACAUAACCGCCA